AUGAACAGGAUGUCGGCGGUAAACAGGAUACGCGGGGCCCUUGCUGGUCCAAGAAAGGGCGAAACUUUUGAGCUGCGCGCCGGCCUGGUCUCGCAGUAUGCGUACGAGCGCAAGGAAGCUAUACAAAAGACCAUCAUGGCCAUGACGUUAGGCAAGGACGUGUCGGCGCUGUUUCCUGACGUGCUCAAGAACAUUGCUACGGCGGACUUGGACCAGAAGAAGCUUGUGUAUCUGUACCUGAUGAACUAUGCAAAGUCACAUCCAGACCUCUGUAUUUUGGCAGUCAACACGUUUGUGCAGGACUCGGAGGACCCCAAUCCCCUGAUCAGGGCCUUGGCGAUACGGACCAUGGGCUGUAUCAGGGUUGACAAGAUGGUAGACUACAUGGAAGAGCCGCUGCGCAAGACACUAAGGGACGAGUCGCCAUACGUAAGGAAAACCGCGGCCAUCUGCGUUGCCAAGCUUUUCGAUCUCAACCCUACAAUGUGCAUUGAAAACGGCUUCCUGGAGACGUUACAAGAGCUUAUUGGAGAUCCCAAUCCCAUGGUUGUGGCCAACUCAGUCCAGGCGCUCUCGGAAAUUGCGGAGACGGCACCCGAGACCCGGGCGCUGGUGAUCACGCCAGCAACGCUCAAGAAGCUGCUGAUGGCCCUCAACGAGUGUACUGAGUGGGGACGCGUGACUAUUCUUUCUACCCUUGCGGACUACCCUCCGUCAGACGUGAAGGAGUCGGAGCAUAUUUGCGAGAGGGUUGCGCCGCAAUUUCAACACGUCAACCCGAGUGUGGUCUUGGCAGCCGUCAAGGUGGUGUUCAUACACAUGAAAGUCAUCAACCCUGACUCUGUUAGGCAAUACCUGAAGAAGAUGGCGCCUCCACUGGUGACCCUUGUUGCUUCUGCCCCUGAAGUCCAGUAUGUUGCGUUGAGAAACAUCGAUCUUCUUCUGCAGGCAAAACCCGAUAUUCUCAGCAAAGAAUUGAGGGUGUUCUUCUGCAAGUACAACGACCCGCCAUACGUCAAGAUGCAAAAACUAGAGAUCAUGGUGCGGAUAGCAAACGACAAGAACUUUGAGCAGCUUCUUGCCGAGCUGAAGGAGUACGCGCUCGAGGUGGACAUGGACUUUGUGCGACGAGCCGUGAAAGCUAUUGGCCAGGUCGCCAUUAAGAUCGAGAGUGCCAGCGAAAAGUGCGUCAACGCAUUGCUGGAUUUGAUGGCAACCAAGGUCAACUAUGUUGUCCAAGAGGUCGUUGUCGUUAUCAAGGACAUCCUGCGCAAAUAUCCCGGAUAUGAGGGCGUUAUCCCAACGCUGUGUGAACAUAUUGACGAACUGGACGAGCCGAACGCCAGGGGCUCGCUGAUAUGGAUCGUAGGCGAGUAUGCAGAGAAGAUCAGCAAUGCGGAUGAGAUAAUAUCAACCUUUGUUGAUGGAUUUAUGGAGGAGUUCACACAAACGCAACUGCAAAUUCUCACAGCCGCAGUCAAGCUCUUCUUGAAGAAGCCGAGUAAUAAUCAAGGCCUGGUCCAAAAGGUCUUGCAACAAGCAACAGCAGACAAUGACAACCCGGACAUUCGAGACCGCGCAUAUGUCUACUGGCGUUUGCUAUCAGGCGACUUGGAUGUGGCCAAGAACAUCAUCACAUCUCAAAAACCCGCAAUUACCACAACGAUGACUUCUCUUCCCUCGUCACUCUUGGAGCAGUUGUUGACGGAGCUCUCAACUUUGGCAUCGGUAUACCACAAGCCACCAGAGUCAUUCGUCGGCAAGGGCCGCUUCGGCGCCGACGCUAUCCAGAGGGCAGCUAUCCAGGAGCAGCGGCGCGAUGCGGCCGAGAACCCCAUUGCAGCCGCGGUUGCAGCUGCAGCGAACGGAGCCCCUCCUCAGAGCAACGUCGAAAACCUUCUGGAUAUCGAUUUCGACGGCGCUGCACCAGCCAGCGCGGAGGCGACUGGAACGCCGGAUCGUGUUGCAAGCCCUGGCGUGCCCGCAGCCCCGAGUGGAGGCAUGGCAGAUAUGAUGGGCCUGUUUGGAGACAUGGGCGGCGGCUCAUCGGCACCUGCACCCUCCGCGCCCGCGCCGUCUGGUGGCAUGGAUGACAUUAUGGGUGGAUUUGCGGGGCUGGACAUGGGCGGAUCCAGCGCACCGCCUCCGGCAACACAGCAGCUGCAAGGGCAAGGUGGUGCUGGCGCGGCAGCCAAGAACAACAACGAAGACUUACUGGGUCUGUUUUAG